AUGGCUGAAGUUAUCGGUUUGAGCAACCUACCUACUCAAAGGGCUCGCAUUGUCACGCAGGAUGGCGGUGUGUUUAACAUGAUGGUUUGUGGUGAGUCUGGCCUGGGUAAGACCACUUUUGUCAACACAUUAUUCUCGACAACUUUGAAGUCAACCGAGGAUCAUCCAAGGGAUAACGCCAUCAGGAAGACUGUUCGUAUCAACAUUUCCAGGGCUAUACUUGAGGAAUCCGAUUUUUCUUUACGUGUAAAUGUUAUUGAUACUCCUGGAUUCGGUGACAAUAUCAAUAAUGACAAAGCAUGGCAGACAGUGGUGGACUUCAUCGAUGACCAGCACGACUCAUACAUGCGCCAAGAACAACAACCAUUCAGAGAUACCAAAUUUGAUCUGAGGAUACAUGCUGUCCUAUACUUCAUUAGACCAACUGGCCACGGCUUGAAGCCAAUUGAUAUUGAAACGAUGAAACGUCUCUCUAGCAGAGCCAACCUAAUCCCAAUUAUCUCUAAAUCAGAUACCCUAACGCAGAAUGAGAUCACCGAGUUUAAAAAUAGAAUAAGACAGGUUUUGGAAUACCACCAGAUCCGUAUCUUUACUCCACCUCUGGAGGAAGCUGCCGACCAGUCAAACAAGCAAGACAUGAUCUCAUUUGAACAUGCCAGGUCGAUCAUCGAGGCUAUGCCAUUCCAUAUCGUUGGAUCAGAUAAACAAUACCAAAAUGCCGCGGGACAAAUGGUUACGGCUCGUAAAUACCCAUGGGGUUUAGUUGAGGUUGAAAAUGAGGCUCAUUGCAACUUCGUUCUGCUGAGAACAUUACUAUUGAGAACCUACUUAGCUGAUUUAAUAGAAACUACCAAUGAAAUCCACUACGAGACAUACAGAAGAUUAAGACUAGAAGUUGGUUUGAAGGAAGGCGAGGACCAGCGCGAUGAUGACCCAUUCAUUCCUGCCAGAGCUCCAGCAAGGAAGUUAUCACAUAAUCCGGCAUACAAACAAGAGGAAAAUGCAUUGAAGAAGUACUUCACUGACCAAGUCAAGGCUGAAGAACAAAGAUUCAGACAAUGGGAGCAAAAUAUUGUAACUGAGAGGUCUAAGUUAAACUCGGAUCUUGAAGAAAUCCAACAAAAAGUUAAGAAGAUGGAGGAUCAAGUUAAAAACUUGCAGUUGAAGAUGCGUUAG